UUGUUCAGUGGACUGCCGUCCUGUCCACCGCCCCUCACCCUGCUGCUUUCCCAGGAUCUGGACUUGCUUUAGCUACUUUUGGAAUUAGCACACCUUUUAUCUGAUUUUCAACUUUUGUGGAUUGGUGAAUCCUUAGUUGUGAGCUGGUUAAGUAAAGAACAGUCAACAUAUAAGUUGGCGGAGUGGCCCUCAGGAUGUCAGGAUCAGGAUCAGUAACGGUGACGCAGAAGCUGCAGCAGCAUCAGCAGGAACAUCAGCAGCGUCACUUUGAGAGCAGCUUUCACCUGAGCACCAAGUCGUCUGUUAGCCAGCAAUCAUACUCCGCUUGCAAGACCAGCAGCAGCCGUCGCCUGCAGACCACUGUGAAGACAGAGAAGGGGCAGGAGGUGGUUAAACUGAGCCCACUACCCAAGAGAGCCAAACGCACCUACCUUGCAAUCGACAUGGACAAGGAAGUCAUCGGCUAUGUCAUUCCCGUAUUUAGAGCCAGUCAUGAAGCUGUUCGCGGUCUGAUUGAGUCCCACGAGGAGGAUGUCACGGAGGAGGGGAUUAACUAUGUGGCCAUGAGGAACCUGUUUGUCAGGGAGGCCAGGGAGGCGGUGGAGGUCAAAAAAGUGGAGAAGCAAACCAGAACCACGCAUAUCAGGGAAGUGGCUGGACGCAUGGAACUGGGCAAGACUUUGGAGGAGUGGGCAGAGUUCCGUAAGAAGAUGAACCCAGACAGCCUGACACACCUUCCAGAGUUUAUCAUCAAGCCCCGUGGUCAAACUGUCUGGGAGGGGAAGACCGUGAAGCUGCACUGCACUGUGGCUGGAUGGCCCAAACCUAGGAUCGCCUGGUACAAAAACAAUGUGCUCAUUGAUGCCAAGGCCAAGCCCGAGAAGUACACAGUUGAGAACAGUUACAACAUGCACUCCCUGGAGAUCAAGAACUGUGAUUUCCUUGACACUGCUCAGUAUUACGCCUCUGCCCUCAAUGUGAAAGGAGAAGCUUCCUCUGUGGCUUAUAUUGUUAUCAAAAGGUUCCAGGAGGGCGCAGAAGCAGGCCCACUCGAUCCUAAACCACGUGAGUGA